AUGCCAAGAGAACUACGUGAUCCUUCACCAACUACGACGUCAAAUCUUCCGUCAGAAUUCAAUUUAGGUGCAACCACAACAACAGAAGCUGCUGCUAUAACAACAGCUCCACCUGAUGCAUUACCUCAAACAGAACGUUUUGCAGCUACAACAACAACGGCAUUUGAUACAAAUAAUAAUACACAGCCGUUUAUAGUUAAUCGACAACAACAACAAUCUACAACUUCGUCACAUCGACGCCAAACACGUCGAGGCAAGCAACAACGAUAUCGUUCAACUUCUAAUGAGAACAACAAUCGAUAUGCUUUACUUAGUGAUGAUAAUGAUAUUGAAAAUGACAAUGAUGUUGUUGAAAUCGAUGCACCUAUUAUAACAGCAAAUCAAAAUAAUAAGAAAACCAAAACAACUAACAAGAAAACUCAUCUAUAUCUAGAACCGACUCGAAUGUUAAGAUGGUUCGAGGAUAAUUCAAAAAGUUCAAAAAAUUCUGCUAGUGGUCUUGGUAAUCAAGCAUAUCUAUUAGCUACAGCUCCAAUUUACGAUGAAUGGAUUCGUAAUAGUUAUGAAUUACAAGUUUGGCAAACUUAUUCAAAAAUGGCUACUGAAUAUAAACAUUGGGCUAAGGAAGUAGUUCAACGUACGAAAAGACGCGAUGAUACUACUAAUAGUCGUUUUGUUCAAAAGAAAAUGAAUCAAUUGAUGACUGGUAUAGCUCAAGCAAGUGCAAAUAUUUCCGAUUUACAAAUACAAUUAGCUACCUAUUGGGAAUACAAUGCAGCUGAAAUGACAGCUCAGAAACAGGCCCAAACAACAGCUGAAUUAACAACUAAUUUAAUAAUUGAAAGAACAGGCCUUACAACAACAACAACACAAGUAAGAAGUCCUACUACAAUGACAGCAUCAACCAUUACUAAAGUACAAAGUCUUGAUCCUGUCGAACGUCUAGAAAAUCAUAUAUUAGAAUAUAUUCAUCAAUGUACUUUACAUGUUAAGAAAAUGGCUGAAAAUCGUAUUCAAUUAGCUAAAGCGCAAAUGGCUGAAUUUAAAGCUUUAGAAGAUUUUGAACAAAUAGCCACUCCAUCUCAAUGGAAUAUCCACUUAAUGUUGAAACCUAAAGUAAAGCUUUGUUCAACUAAAAACAAAAAUAAAACAAUUGCAACAAAACGAGUUGAAUACGAUUUACCUCCAAAAUUUAUCAGUAAAAUAGACUUAACAUUCAAAAUUGAUGAAUCUAUUGUGAAUAAAGAUGAAAUACAAGCAACAUAUGACGAAAUGCGUAAAAUUACAAAAGACUUUCGUACUCAAGCAAUGAAACUAUAUGUUCAAUCAUUAGAGCGAGAAUAUGAAUUAUUAUCUAAUGAAAUUAAACGUAUUAUCCAAGGUUUUCCAAGUGAAAACGAUGAUGGCUUUGAUGCUGAAGCUGGUUGUGCAGCAUUUAAACAAUAUCAUCAAUUGCGUCAAAAACGAUUUGAUUUAGAAGUCAAACAAUCGUGUUAUUUUUUAGCCGGACAGCGAGUCGAGGGCGAGCAAAACAAUCCAGAACUUUUCGCCUUAACAGAGCAAGAACAUCAAUUAUUAAGAUUAGGUCCCCGAUUUAUAAUUGAUGAUCCAAAAACAGCAUCUCGACGAAGGACAACUGAAUUGGCAACUUUGAAACGAAAAAUAGAAACUCGAUUCUUUGAAAAGAAAGUAAGCCCUGGUCGUCCAGUCGAACAAUUCAUUGCUGAAUUAGAUGUCUUGCUCCAAAAUUUACAUAAUAUCCCAACUACUAAGAAACGAAUACAAUUUAAUAAAAUCCAAACAAAUAAAUCAUUUGACACUUUGUCCUCAAUUAUUCAAUCAAGUCAAUCUCAGACUAUUAUUCGUCCAAAAAGAAAGAAGAAAAAUUAUGGCCGAAUAGUCAAGAGAUUAAAACAUAAAAUUCAUUUGGCUAAUACUAUCUUAAGAAAGACUGAUAAGUCGAAGGUAUUUCAUUUAGGUAAAGUUGAUCAUUAUAAGAAGAAAUCAGAAGAAUAUAUGGAUAAUACAAAAGCAUAUCAAUGUCUUGGUACAAUUGAUCCACUUCAAGAUUUAAUUCAACGAACAAAUAAAUACUUAUUAGGUUUAAGACUGGCCAAAUGGAUUACUCAAAAGCAAUAUGAGCAAUUAAGUAUUAAACCAAAUGAAGUCGAACUAGCCCAUUUGUAUUAUUUACCAAAAGCUCAUAAACCUGGUACUCCUUUAAGACCAAUUAUUUCUGCUUUAAAACAUCCAACAAUUAAAAUAUCAAAAUUUCUUGAUAAUUUACUUAGACCGUUAUUCGACCAGAUGGCUUCUAAUUCCACUGUCACUUCUGGUUUCGAAUUAGUUAAACAGCUACAACAAUGGUCAAGAAAUAAUUUUAAACGAGAUACUAUAUUUUGUACGAUUGAUGUGACCGACCUUUAUACUAUGAUACCUCAAAUAGAAGGAGUAUUAUCUUUAAGAAAAAUGUUAGACCAGUUAAAACUGAAAGAAAUUGGUAAGUUAAAAGUCGAAACAAUUAUUAGAUUAAGUCGAUUUGCUAUGACUAAUAAUUACUUUUCUUAUAAUGGCCAAUUUUAUCAUCAAGUAAGAGGAGGAGCGAUGGGUUCUCCUCUUACUCUAACUAUUUCCAAUUGCUAUAUGUACUUCUUUGAAAGACAGAUAGUUAAUCAAAUUCGAAAUAGUGGUGGACUUUAUUUCCGAUAUAUUGAUGAUAUAUUUAUUACUAUUAAUUGGCCUGUUCGACAUUUACUUAAAGAAGUGGAAAGAUGGAAUAAAUUUGAUGAAAACAUUAAUUUAUCUGCAAAUAUCGGUUCAACUGUCAAUUUUCUAGAUUUAAAUAUGGAAAAUCAAGAUGGUCAAUUAUUUACAACGGUUUAUCAGAAGCCAUCCUAUGAACCAUAUUAUUUGACCUUUAAUAGUAUUCAUCCAUUACAUAUGAAAAAUAAUAUUCCAUUUGCCAUGCUAUUACGUGCCAUUAGAUAUUGUUCAACCUUUCAAUCAUAUCUAAAUGAAAGUGAAAAAUUAAGAAUGGCACUUCUGUUAAAUAAAUAUCCAAACAAAAUUAUUGAUGAACAAUUUAAUAACGUAUUAAAAAAGUUUAAAAUUAUCCAACCUUUAACUUCUAACAAUUACAAUAAGAUACGUCAACAUAUAAUCGAUACUCAUUUCGAACAAAAAUUACUAUUAGAAUAUGAAAAACAUAUGUUCAUCCAUUUUACCUACUGUAAAAAUAUGAAAAUGUUCCCAACAAAAUUCCAUACUCUAUGGUCCAAGUACUUUGGUCUAUCUCCAAUUAAUGAUAUUAAACCUGUUCUUGGUACUCGAAAUGUCGAUAAUCUGCAAAGACGGUUAAUAUAUACAAAGUCCAAAAACGACUGA